AUGUGGCCAGACUGGCUGAAAUCGCCAACUAGGGUUCCGUCGCCGACUUCGAAUUCGACUUCGAUUUCCGUACCGGCGCACAAGAAGAAAUUCUCUUGCUCCUCCUUCAAAGACAUCCAAACCCUCAUCUCCGAGCCGGACCAUGGCGGCGGCGGAAUCGGAAUCGGCUCAUCCGCUCCUCCUUCUAUCUCGCCCCGGACGCCUUCCAUCUUCCACCGCGUCCGGAUCUCCACCUCCGUCCUCCGCUACCUCCGCAAGUCUCUCCCGCCCUCCCUCCCGCAGCUGAAAGAGGCGCAGCAGCAGCAGGACUGCGUCGUCCUCUACUUCACCAGCCUCCGCGUCGUGCGGCGGACGUUCGAAGACUGCUACGCCGUCAGAUCGAUCCUCCGCGGGUUCCGAGUCCCGAUCGACGAGCGAGACUUGUCGAUGGACGGGAAGUACCUCGGCGAGGUGCAGGAGAUCCUGGGAACCUCCGGUAAGGUGACGCUCCCGGUGGUCCUCAUCGGCGGGAGGCGCAUCGUCGGGCUGGACGAGAUCAGGGAGCUCCACGAGAGCGGGGAGUUGAAGAGGAUCUUCUCUGGGUUGUCGGCUGCGGCGAUUGCGCCGUCCAACGAGUGCGAUCUGUGCGGAGGCCUGAGAUUCGUUCUUUGCGAGCAGUGCAGCGGCAGCCACAAGAUCUACUCGGAGAAGCACGGGUUCCGAAGCUGCGCCGCGUGCAACGUCAAUGGUUUGGUUCGCUGCCCGGACUGCUACCCGCCUGCCCGCCGCCGCAUGUCCAUCGCGUAG